CUGGAGGAGUAUACCGGCAAGGAGGUGCCGUACACGUUUAAUGGAGGGUUCGUGUGUCUAAGUUACGCUAUUAGCCUGGUCGGAACCUUCACCACACUGGAGUUGAUUAGACGGAGAACUUCACACAGAGGAAAACACAACUUGUACGAAGCUAACAGCGAGAAACGCAGUUUAUUACUAGUCGGCGCUGCCAUCGCAAUGGGUGGUAUUGCCAUCUGGUCCAUGCACUUCAUUGGCAAUCGAGCCAUCUACAUGCUCCACGGCGAGGGAGCCUUCCAAAUCGCCUAUUCGACCGCCCUUACUGUCUUGUCUCUCCUGAUGCCCAUACUCGUGCUCGUGCUCGCCUUCCUCGGCGUCAGCGGCAAUAGUCGAAUUCGAUGGUGGCGAAUUGUGUUCGCAGGAUUGCUCUCUGGCGGCGCCAUUUGCGGCAUGCACUACCUCGCCAACUCGUCCAUCAGCAACUACCGGAGCUCAUAUCAGCUCUCCUAUCUUAUUGGCUCUGUCGUUAUUGCCGUACUUGCCAGCACCACGGCCCUCGCUCUCUUCUUCGUCUUUGAGAAUACCUGGAGUAGCGCCUGGUGGAAGAGACUGGGUUGUGCCAUGGUCCUAGCUGGAGCAGUGUCUGGCAUGCACUGGUGCGCCGCUGUUGGAACGAGUUACACCCUGUUGCACAACACGCCUGGCAAGGGGGUCUCACGUAAGGAUGCAAUGGUGGUCGUUAUUUGCCUGUCUAUCGCUGCCGGUGUUGUCAUGACCGGCAUGGCCAUCUAUUCGAGCUGGGUAAGACGAGACUACGCCAGCAAGUCGCAAAAGGUCGUCUUGGCUGCCGGUGUCUUUGAUGACAAGGGCCGCAUCAUGGUCGCUCAAGACGGAUAUUUGCCCAGUGAAGUCGUGACAGACACGUACUUAACAAAGUCCAACGAUGACUUCUUCAACACCAGCCACCCCCUCUUUCACUGGAUGUUCCGUGCUUCUCGCAACUGGGACACUAUAACAAAAGUCAUGACCAAGAUGACCAGCCACAUUUCGCUUCUCGCGCAGGAGUAUAACAAUGGCAGGGCAGGCGUCCGGCUCAUCAGCGAUGAUGGUGAGCUCGUAGAUGAAUAUGAUACCAUUCUGCGCGAGUUGUUCUGCGUCACUGCGGACGCUCUGGCUUCCAAGACCAAGGCGGCUCUCACUGGCGUCGGAACAUUAUGGGACGAAAUUUUCGUAACGGGAGAGUCAUCAAGGGCACCUGGCCUAGCUCAAAGAUUACUUAAUAACGACAGCCCCGGCCAACAAAGUGUCGCAGAAAAAGGUCUCCAGCAGAAUGGCCAGGAGUACGGCCGCGGUUCGCUCAUGUUCCUCGUUCGCAGGGUUGACAGCAAAAAGGACGUACCGAGGCUUGAGGCUUCAGGGUUCCGCUUUGCAGAGAUUCACCAAGUAGUGGGCCUUAUUCGAUCUAGCAUGCACAUCAAGACGCCCGACCUGGAGACUCAUCUACGCAACAUGUCUAACCAGAAAGACAAGACCAACAUGCUAUCUUCCGGCUUCCACGUGGGCAUGUUUGCCGUCCGUGCCCGAGUCGACAAGGGCGGUUUCGACGUGCUCGCGCAAAAGACAGCCCGAAAUCUGCUUCCCUCUGUCCCAUUGCCCGUGGACACUAUUGAUUCUAGCAAUGCUGCCUUUCUCAACGGCCUCCGUGGCUUGCCGCUCUCGACUGUUCUGCUCAGACUUCAGAGCCACCAGUCUGCUUCUGCUCAGGGUCGCAUGUUUGCUUCGCUUCUUCGAGAUGCCGUUUCCUCGCUGCGAGACUCUCUAGGAGACGAAACAUUCGAUGAAGCUACACUCUUGUCCAAGGAAGUGAAGCUCCCAUGUGCUCCCUCCUCACCGGGCAAAUCCCUUUCCAAAUGCACCCUCAUUGCUUUCCAACUACUCCUCCCUAUUCAUGCCACUGUGCUCUCACCUGAUUGUGAGUUUACGCCUCUCAACUUCUUCAAAAUGCGCCAACUUACAUACGAUGGCUCACCUCACAACAUUGAGUUUUCCCACAUGGUUCAUCGCGACAUAUCC